AUGACGCGGAAAAGAAAAGUUGACGUCACAGAUGAUAAUGCUAAUGAGAACAAUAAUCGGCUAGCUGACUACGGCUAUCAGCCGGCUCCAGAACAACCAUCACCUAGUGCCACUGAUAGUUGGAAAAACCGCACAUUUCCUCAAAAGGAGCGUCACGGAAACUUCCGAGGAGGGCGGCAAAGUUAUGGCUUUGGUCAAAGAGGAGGUCGGCAUUUUGGUGGAGGCGAUUAUAGUCAAGAUAACGAGUAUCACAGUACACCUGCAGAAGGUGAUACCGGAGAGCAAAGCAAUGGUCAAGAGGAUAAAGAAGCUUAUCCUAGUGAAUUGGUUGCUUAUUUAAAGAACAUCGAACAAAUGAGAAUUACUGAAGGGCGCAUAGAGAAUAUCGUUAUGGAAAAGUGCGCUGAAGAAUGCUCCGCUGAAGAGGAAAAGCUUCUGAUGUUCAGAGACUCAUGUAUUGUUGUGGAAAGUGUAUUCGGUUGGUUUGUAAUACUUUUUAUAGGAUCCUCACAGCAUGGGGCGACAUUGUUCCUAUCAGGGUUAGCGCGACUCAAGCAUAAACGACUCUUAGAUCUCCUUUACUCUGGUCAAUCUGCUAGAACUAUUGAAACUUUGCUUUAUGCGCUACGGCCUAUAAGCAACAAUCAACAAGUUCAACUCGUGGAGAAAUUCGCUGAGUUGUUAUGUGAUAACUGGAAUGAUGCUGUAUCCAGUCAGCAUUCUUCUUUUAUCAUUCGUUGUCUUGCCAGAGUGACUUGUGGACUGCCAAAGAAAGGAAACGAAAAG